AAUUUAGGGUUAUAGCUUCUGCUACUAGCAUCCAUGGCAGCGGUCGACUGGACUAAACUUCCAAAGGAUCUUCUCAAUCUGAUAUCACAACGAAUCUAUGAUGAAGUCGAUCUCAUUCGCUUUCAAUCAGUUUGUUCAACAUGGCGCUCUUCCUCCGUCCCCAAUCAUCAUCCCAUUUCACCCUUCAAGUUCCCACUCCUCAAAUUUCCAUUCCUCUCUGACUCCAAUGACAUUGAUACCAUCAACAGCAACAACAACACUUCAUUCUGUUACCUCACCAAACAAAAUCUCUACCUCAUCCAACCACCACAACAACAACAAGAAGAACAACGCCUACUUCGCCCGUGGUUGGUAGGAGUUGGCCAAAACACGCAUGGCCAAACCAAAUACAUUAACCCAGUCAUGCAAAAUUGCUCUUUUGUUGUCCAUUCUGUGAUCGAUCACAACAAAUUAUCUGUUCUCCAUUUGGGAAGCACCUACUUCAUCAUGGACAUCGACGUCAAAAUCAACCGUCAACUCAUCAUCAGUAAAGAAUACAUGUACCCUAAAAAGGUCGUUGCUGUCACGUGCCAUGGAAAAAAACCUCUCGUUGUUGGCAUGUUAGCCUUUCCUCCAUAUCCGUUACUUUUGAAAUGUGGUGAUGAGGAUUGGAAGGUGAUCCCUGACAUGUCAAUGAAAUUCGAAGACAUAUGCGUUUUUAAAGGGCGGCCUUAUGCCAUCGACGAAAUUGGUAAGACGAUUAUGAUUGGACCAGAUUCGAGUGUCCAUUUAGUUGCUGAACCUUUGGUUGGUGGUGGGAACAUGAAAUUCUUAGUGGAGAGCGAGGGAGAUUUGUUGUUAGCGGACGUUUAUGAUUGUCUUUGUAUUGAUCUUAAUGAUCCUGUAAGGAUUGAUUUGUUUAAGCUUAAUGAGAAGGAGAAGAAGUGGGUGAAAUUAACGAGUUUAGGGGAUAGGGUUUUGUUCUUGGGGUUGGGGUUGGUAUAUUCGUUUUCUGUUUCUGCUUCAGAUUUGUGUGUUUCCCAAGGGAAUUGUAUCAUCUUUGAAUCUAUGUCUUCCGAACGUGAGUUAUAUGUUUUGGACUUGGAUGAUGGUCAGCUUUCGCUUUUUUAUGAUAAUCCUGAAUAUUCCAACUUGCUCUGGCUACCUCGAACAUGGAUCCGAGCUCGGUACCAAACUACAUGUUCAGCACCAAACUCCUAAUCACAUAUUCAUCUGAAAAGAUGUCUUGAAAAUGAGAUGAAACUCGGGUUGCUGGAUAAGCAUUUUAGUGGAUUCUUGAAGUCUUAUAUGUAAGCAAGUUGUGACUAUUCAUGUAAACUCGGGUUGCUGGAUAAACCUUUCCUAGUAUUUGGAAUUCCAUAUUUUUCUAUUUGCUGUCUUCAAGGGUUUUGUGCCUUUGACUUGUGAACAAGUUACAUAAUUAUGACGACAAACUCUUUCUUGUUUGCUUUAUGAAAUGGAGUCAAUGAACAUUGUGAAA